GAAGCCACGGUUCCUACCAACCGUUCUUACUGCUGGCGGCUCUAAGGAGCCCAUCAUGGCGACGCCCCCUAAACGGCGGGCUCUGGAUGCCACUGGGGAGAAAGUGCUGCGCUAUGAGACUUUCAUCUCUGACGUGCUGCAGCGGGACCUGCAAAAGGUACUAGAGCAUCGUGACAAGGUAUAUGAGCAGCUGUCCAAAUACCUUCAACUGAGAAAUGUCAUUGAGCGUCUCCAGGAAGCUAAGCACUCGGAAUUAAAUAUGCAGGUGGACUUGGGCUGUAACUUCUUUGUUGACACAGUGGUCCCGGACACUUCACGGAUCUACGUGGCCCUUGGAUAUGGUUUUUUCCUGGAGCUGACAUUGGCAGAAGCUCUCAAAUUUAUUGAUCGGAAGAGCAAUCUCCUCACAAAGCUCAGUGACAGCCUCACCAAGGACUCGAUGAAUAUCAAGGCCCAUAUCCACAUCUUGCUAGAGGGGCUUAGAGAACUACAAGGCCUGCAGAAUAUCCCAGAGGAGCCUCGCCAUUGACUUCUUCCCCCCUCUCCAGAUAUUAAAGAGCCUGAAAGCC